AUGGCUUCUUCACUUGUACUUCAACUCCUCAUCCUCUGCAGUGUAAUUAGUUUUGUGAGAUCAGAUGCCUCUGAUCAUCGUUACCAAGUGGGUUACGAUGUUCCUCUUUACGCCAACAAGGUUGGACCUUUCCAUAACCCCAGUGAAACAUACCGUUAUUUUGAUUUACCCUUUUGUUCAUCAGCUCCUGUUAAGGAAAAGAAGGAAGCUCUUGGAGAAGUGUUGAAUGGUGAUAGAUUAGUGAGUGCUCCGUACAGACUUGAAUUUCUUGGUGAUAAAGAUGCUGAACUUGCUUGCAAAAAGCAUCUGAGUAAAGCAGAAGUUGCUAAUUUUAGAAAUGCUGUUUCAAAAGAUUACUACUUUCAAAUGUAUUAUGAUGAUUUGCCCAUAUGGGGUUUUUUGGGGAAAGUUGACAGAGAAGGCAAAUCUGACCCUAGUGAAUACAAAUAUUAUCUCUUUAAGCAUCUUCAGUUUGAAAUCCUGUACAAUAAGGAUCGUGUGAUUGAGAUUAGUGUAAGAUCUGAUCCAAAUGCUGUUGUGGACCUGACUGAGGAUAAUGAAGUUGAUGUGGACUUCAUGUAUAGUGUUAGAUGGAAGGAAACUGAUACCCCCUUUGAGAAGAGAAUGGAGAAGUAUUCGCAGUCGUCUUCUCUUCCUCAUCACUUGGAAAUCCAUUGGUUCUCAAUUAUUAACUCAUGUGUUACAGUUCUGCUGUUAACUGGUUUCCUUGCCACAAUUUUAAUGAGGGUUCUGAAGAACGAUUUUGUUAAAUAUGCUCAUGACGAGGAGACAUCUGAUGACCAGGAAGAAACUGGGUGGAAGUACAUUCAUGGUGAUGUAUUCCGGUAUCCGGAAUGCAAGUCUCUGUUCGCCGCAGCUGUCGGUUCUGGCACACAGCUGUUUACACUUGCAAUCUUCAUUUUCAUGCUUGCUUUGGUUGGUGUCUUUUAUCCUUAUAACCGAGGAGCUCUGUUCACUGCCCUAGUUGUCAUAUACGCACUUACGUCAGGGAUUGCAGGCUAUACUGCUGCCUCGUUCUAUUGCCAGCUAGAAGGAACAAACUGGGUGAGAAACUUGCUUCUGACUGGAGGCCUGUUUUGUGGACCUCUGUUUCUCACAUUUUGCUUUCUUAAUACUGUUGCAAUUGCUUACAAUACCACAGCAGCAUUGCCAUUUGGAACAAUAAUGGUGAUUUUUCUUAUAUGGACUUUAGUGACAUCACCAUUAUUGGUAGUGGGUGGCAUUGCAGGGAAGAAUAGCAAAGCUGAGUUUCAAGCUCCGUGUCACACCACAAAAUAUCCUAGAGAGAUUCCACCACUGCCUUGGUACCGGAAAACUGUUCCUCAGAUGGCAAUGGCAGGGUUUUUGCCAUUCAGUGCUAUCUACAUUGAGCUCUACUACAUAUUUGCUAGCGUAUGGGGUCACAGGAUUUACACCAUAUACAGCAUCCUUUUUAUUGUCUUCCUCAUCCUCUUGAUUGUAACUGCCUUUAUUACAGUGGCAUUGACAUAUUUUCAGCUUGCUGCUGAAGACCAUAAGUGGUGGUGGAGGUCUUUCCUUUGUGGUGGAUCAACUGGCUUUUUUAUAUAUGCGUAUUGCCUGUACUACUACUACGCACGCUCGGAUAUGUCAGGAUUUAUGCAAACCUCAUUCUUCUUCGGGUACAUGGCUUGCAUUUGUUAUGGUUUCUUCCUGAUGCUUGGGACUGUUGGUUUCCGUGCUUCAUUGUUUUUUGUACGUCACAUAUACCACUCUAUCAAGUGUGAGUAGGAAGUUGCUUGGUCUUCAUUAUCUUAAACUGGAACUGUGGUGGGUGACUGA